UUCUGCUGAAGGGAUGAAGGGAUGAGGGCAGCGGAUUCAUGAACAACAGACUCAGAUGCUGAUGAGAGAAGCGCAGCUACACGGGGGACGCAUGGUGUCAGAGAAUGCCACGGCAGGAAAGGAGUUUCCAUUCUUUAACUCUAAGGAAAGGCAUCUUUGUCUUAUUGACUAGGCUCUUUGUUUUUGACUUGAAGUCAUACCUGCAGCUAAUGCUGCAUAUCCUGACGUUGCAAUGCCAGCGGGGCUGAAUGCGCAAGGCAGCGGUAUACCAAUCUCAGAUGCGAUGGGAUCAUUUAAGAGGAGGAAAAGAAAGUCCAUCAUAGUAACAGUGAUGCUCCUUAUCGUCUCCAUACUCAUCCUGGUCUUUGGUCUGGCCGCUACUACCAGGACGCAGAACAUCACUGUCGGUGGCUACUAUCCAGGAGUCAUUCUCGGCUUCGGGUCCUUUCUGGGAAUCAUUGGCGCCCAUUUGAUAGAGAAUAAGAGGCAGAUGCUGGUGGCCUCCAUUGUCUUCAUCAGCUUCGGUGUGGUGGCGGCCUUCUGUUGUGCUAUAGUGGAUGGCGUUUUUGCUGCAAGACAUAUAGACCUCAGACCACUAUAUGCUGGCCGAUGUGAAUAUUACUCCAGUGGGACCGCGUUUGAUUUAGAUGUCCACUGUCAAACCGCAUCUCGGGUCUCCUGUAACCUGCGCGUGAAGAGCAACACCUGCUACUGCUGUGACCUUUACAACUGUGGCAAAGAGCAUCCUCUUAUGGGACUUCAGAAUAAAGAUGUUUUGAAAAAAUUUAGGAAAUCCUCCAUGGUUUGGAAUCGAGUGGAACUGCGAGGAGGGUACCAUGAGUACACAGAGGUGCGGAGCUGUCAGGACGUUGUGCAUCUUUACCACCUGCUGUGGUCUGCUACUAUCCUCAACAUUGUUGCUCUGUUUCUGGGCAUCAUCACCGCCGCGGUGCUGGGGGGCUUCAAGGACAUGAUGCCUACAGCAGCACCAGAUUCCUGUGAGCCAGAACCUCUCCCUGUUCCUCCACCCCAAGAGACUCCUGGACCCACAACAUCCAACAACACUUUUUACAACACUGACCCCUGCUUACCUCCAUACACUGCCUAUGACCUUCGGGCUGCCAGCAUGUUUCCUGACGCUUCAGGCCUGUCUGAUGACUCCCAGUCUGGAGCCAGUCUCAUGUGGCCAAAUAUGAUCCCGCCUCGUUAUUCUCCUCCUUAUUACCCACCUGAUGAGAAGCCCCCGCCAUACAGCCCCUAAGGGACCAGUCUGAGGAAGAUAUUUUCCUGUCAAGAGAGAACUGGCGUUGGCAUUUUUGUAUAUAAGUAAACCACAUCAGUGAACAAUCGUCGUUCUGAAUUAACAACCUUUGCAGAGGAGGCUCACCUGUGCGGCGGGUUAAGCAUAGAGAGACUACAGCAUUAACCACAGUCACUCAUCACCUUUCAGCAGAUGUAAUAUGCAACAUUAAACCUUGACAAGAUUCUCUCAAGUCAAACCCGAUGUGUAAAAUAUUCACAUUAUGUAGCCUCAAUCCAAGAGGACUAUACCUAAUAACUAGCCUGACUGUGAGAUCAAGACUGUUCACAGAUAUGCCUUAAAAUGUGUCCGCUUCCAGUACAGCUCCACCUGGCUCGCCUCCUUUUCCUGUUAUAGGUAACGUCUGUGGGUCUCCCACUUGAGAUUCCUCUGCAUAACUCCAUAAUGUGAACUUCUCCCUUCCAAAGUGGCACAAAGUGUUUUGCGUUGCCUCUGCUCUCUCUGCACGAGGACGAGUCUCUUAUCUAGCAAUUGAUUUGCACUUUAUUGUCUUCAGAAUUGACUGUAUUCACACAGUUCUAGAUAAUUACUUGAGUUAUUUUUAACUGUUUCGGGCAGCUAGAUGGCAAAGAACUGUACAUAUAUUUAGGCUGAAUCUUACUUUUUGUUCCGAGUGCUUCAUUAGGAUCUGUGAUCUAACCUAUAAUUUGUGGUGUUUCUUCUGCAUUAUGUCAAGCACACAAUCAUGUCACAAAUU